UCGCUAGCUCCUCUCCGCUUUCCCGAGGUCCUACUUUCUGGCCGGUUUCAUCCCGUUUGAGCGCUCCUCGCAUCCCUGGAGGACUUUCCCUGCCAUUCGGACCGUCACCUGCAUAUUCCGGAAUACAAGGAAACCCGAGGAGUUUCGCUCGUCUCGGGCGUCCCGUUCGCACACGCCCAUCUACUCGGGGCGCCGAUAGAAAGUUUCGUUUGACGGCUCCCGAUAUGUGGGCUACCAGACCCCGGUGAAUGCAUUUGCGAGAAUGCGUUUCCCCUGCGACGAGACUCGCUUCGGCCCGAACGUGGAAUCUCUCGUGAACACCUGUUCGCUCGCACGUACUUCUUUAAGAAACCCGGGAAUGUCAAUCGAGGGGCCUGAACUGCAAUAAGUUCUCAAUAUGAUGGCUACAAAGACAGAAGACUCCGCAUCUAGUGACAAUCCCAAUGACGGAGGUAGCAUGGACAAAGAAAUAUCCACGAUCAACGCAUCGGACGGUACGAGCCAUCGUGUUCCACCUACGUACUUGUACAAUACAGGAAGCGAGCAGAACAGAGGAGACCAUGAUCGUCACAAUCAAAACAGAAAUCAAGCCACCGAAGAUCAGCUGGGUCCUUUGCCGCCACAUUGGGAAAAAGCAUACACGGAUACUGGAGAGGUUUAUUUUAUAGACCACAACACGGGCACUUCUCAUUGGCUGGAUCCCCGUUUAUCUAAAUUUCAAAAACGUUCUCUGGAAGAAUGUCUUGAUGACGAAUUGCCGUAUGGUUGGGAGAAAAUAGACGACACUUUGUAUGGCACGUAUUUCAUCGAUCAUGUAAAUCGACGGACACAGUACGAGAACCCAGUCUUACAAGCCAAGCGGGCUCAACAGAAUUUGGUUGAAAGGAAAAGUCCCAAUUUUACCAGAAAUCCUGAUAAAUUAAAAGGCCAACGAAUACGUACGACAUUGAUCAAGAGCUCAAGAGGUCUUGGAUUUACUAUCGUUGGUGGAGAUGACUCCGUAGAGGAAUUUCUACAAAUAAAGAGUGUGGUGCCAAAUGGACCAGCGUGGUUAGAUGGAAAAUUGCAGACCGGGGAUGUAUUGGUAUAUGUCAAUGACAUCUGUGUCCUGGGAUUCACCCAUAACGAGAUGGUAAAUGUAUUCAAAUCCAUUGUUAGCGGAGAAACGGUCACUUUGGAGGUAUGCCGCGGCUAUCCGUUACCUUUUGAUCCAAAUGAUCCUAACACUGAAGUCGUCACUACCAUAGCCGUCAGUGCACCAGAUAUUUUAACAGAGGACCCUACGAUGUACAUGGACUUGGAUCCAAGUCUACAAGCCGAUGGACGGUUUAACUUCCUUGACUCUACAUUCUUGCCAGUUCAUAGUCUUCAAAAUGGCGAAAAUCUUGCCACGGCCUCUGUCAAUUCCAUGCCAGAUCUCUGUAUCUCUGAUAAAAUUAAUACGAUCAAGAGACCUAACAGUACUGACAUUUUGUUAGUCGAGACUGAUAAUCUGAGCGAUAGUAAGGAUUCUCCCAUCUGCGGUAAACCAGAAUUCCUUAACAUUGCUAUCGUCAAAGGUUCUAUAGGGUUUGGAUUUACCAUAGCAGAUUCUGCCCACGGUCAGAAGGUAAAGAAGAUCUUGGAUCGCCAGCGUUGUAAAAAUUUAAUGGAAGGAGAUAUUCUAGUUAGCAUCAACGAUGUCGAUGUUAGAAAUAUGUGUCACUCCGAGGUGGUUCAAGUUUUGAAGGAAUGUCCCCGUAACCAGGAGGCUUUAAUCCAUGUUCAACGUUCGACCUCGAAGCCGAAGGACAAGAUAGAGAAGAAUUCUCAAGAUUUCUUUAGGAGUAAAACACCAACUGCCGAUAUUUAUAGUACACAGUCUAAGACCGUGGUUCCUAGUCGGCCGAAAACUCCGUUAAUUGACACGAGGAAUAGAUCAAAAUCGCCAGUUGAACCAACAAGAUCAACGUGGAGUGAAGUACAACAUGAGAAUGAACUCAAUCCGUUGGACAAUCGGUUUAAAUAUCCUGAUUAUAAUCAUACGAUGUAUUACUCGGAUCCUUACAAAGUUAACGUAGCCAAUCUUUCCGACAACUUUGUGACCAUGACGAAUUUGGAUGAUGAUUCGGUAAGAAAUCUAGAAAAGCGUGACUGGGUGACUAAUGACAAAUUGAAUCUCAAUAAUGAUAUGUAUUCAAUUGAUGUUUCGCAUCACGAAAACUUACUCAAGCAGAAUGGCAGCAUACACACCGACUAUUAUAAAGAACUUUACGCUGUUCAGCCUCAUUCUCAGUACAAUGACCAAGAUUACACGGCGUACUCCAUUGGUCAAGAGCAGAAUGUUGAUACGGGGGAGAUUUGGGAUAAAAGAAAAGAGACUACCAGUUUUGAACACGAACAGCCUCACUCCAGUUCUGUCCCACGAUAUCCCCAAUAUGGUAACGAAUUGGUUUGUCCAAUGAUUCCUGACAUAGAAUGGAUAGAAACCUUGGUUACCCUGGUGAGGCAGGACACAGGUUUUGGUUUCAGAAUAGUUGGUGGUACCGAAGAAGGCUCCCAGGUUUCCGUUGGACACAUCGUGCCGGGUGGCGCUGCAGAUCUAGAUAACAGACUAAACACAGGUGAUCUGAUAAUGUCCGUCGAUGGAGAAAGUGUGAUGAACUCAUCCCACCAUCACGUGGUCCAGUUAAUGAUAGCGGCAGCGCAAAACGGCAGGGUCACGUUAGGAAUUCGCCGACGUAUCAACACUCAAGAACAUCUCCAGGAAAACCUCUCAACGCCCUACAGCAGACAGCUCAAUAUUCAGUACCCCUACGAUGUAACGGUCACGAGAAUGGAGAACGAAGGCUUCGGCUUCGUUAUCAUUUCGUCCGUUAAUAAAGCCGGUUCGACAAUUGGUCGAAUUAUAGAGGGCUCUCCAGCCGAGAGGUGCGGCAGAUUAAACGUCGGAGAUCACAUUCUCGCGGUUAACCAUGUCGACAUUGCGAAUGUCUGUCACAAAGACAUCGUCAACUUGAUCAAAGAUUCCGGUUACUCGGUCACUCUCACCAUUGGUUACCCGUUGGACGAUUGCUGCAGCAGCGCAUCUCUGUCUCAAAAGGAUGAGACUGCAGGGGAUGGAGAUGGCGGACAAUACCAUGCUGUCGAAUUAACUCGAGGGACCCGUGGAUUUGGUUUCAGUAUUCGUGGAGGUCGUGAAUUCCAAAACAUGCCCUUGUUCGUUUUGCAGAUCGCUGAGAACGGACCUGCUUCUAUCGAUAAUAGACUGAGGGUCGGGGAUCAGAUAAUCGAAAUCAAUGGCAUCAAUACGAAGAACAUGACCCACACGGAAGCCAUAGAAAUAAUUCGCAACGGUGGCCCUUCCGUUCGUCUGUUGGUACGCCGAGGAUGCCAAAUGCCCUCUGUGAGCAAUCUCACUCUCGACCGAAUAAGUUUCGGGCCGAUUGAUGGGGCCAUUCUGCGCGGACAGAACUCGAAAUUAGACGAGAAAGAUGCGCUCCCUAGAAAACCUAAGAGAUUACGGUUUCCAAUAUUGCUGAAUUGCUGCUCCUCUAGAAAGAGACGUCAUUAACGGCCGAUCGCGACUUCGAGGCGAAUCGUUAAUAUAAGUCAUAAGUAAGAUAAGCGUACAACGUGGUGUCUAGCGAUCAGCGAAGAUUACGAUAUACCAUAGAGCUUUGACGAUUAACAGCUACCGAGAAAGUUCAAUUACCACUCUUAAAUUGUCGGUGAUAAUUUAAAAAGUGGACGUUUUCGACUAUCCGAGGGGUAAUGCUCGGUGCCAUCAACCUCGGUUAAAUCAGGGAUUACCUAAUCGUAGGAUAAAUUUAACGUCUAAGUUAAUCAUGGGUUAAAAACGUAAAUGUUCCACCACGUUCAUUUAGGGCGUGUUUAACUAAUCGUAUACAUCAUUAGAAGUAAGUUGAAUUAUUGGCUGAUACUCCAAUCGACUAGAAAGCAAGAUAAUGCACCCUUAUCAAGAAAGGACAGACGCUAGCCUCAAGAAGUAAAGUUCUUCGGUUAAGAAUUAAUAUAAAAUUUUUUCAAGCGUACUUCCAUCAUUAAGAAAUUGUAAACAAAAUCAAAAACGUCUUCAGCCGUUUCGUCAUAAGAUGUUAAUACAUCCUCAGUACAAUCCAUGUUUUCCACACGUUUGUGCAGUUUUUAGGUUGAAGUUCGAGUAACUGAAACUUAACGAUCUAAUUUGGCUGGUUAAUUUAAACGGCGGUUAAUGGAAAUUAACCCGCCGUUAAAAUGUGGUGGAACGUUUAACUCGUAACCGAGGAUUAGCUUUUUGACCGAGGUUAAUGGAACCGGGAAUAAAAGAGCUGCAAUCCGUAGCAUCGUUACUUUCUUUCGGAUAGUACCAGAAAAGUGCUUUAUCGAGCUUACAACCACUAUGUCUCAGAGAAUCGUUGCUCUCUUUUGUAGAGAGGACAACUUUAUAAUAUUGCAAAACGAUUCAGAAGUGAAUUCUAAAUUUUAUCGUUAGGACGUACGAAAACAUGGUUAACGAUAGGGAGGUACUUUUACUGACCCUCGAGCACCCGUGCUUUAAAAGAUAAUUAAACUGAAUUUGCUAGACACUGUGUCAGGAAAGAGAGGAAUACUGGAUUUAAAAGGGGGGUCCAUGAGCUCGGAUGCGAAAACCGAGACUAAAAUGAAUAAUUAGAUGUAUUACGAGUGGACAAUGGACUGAGGAAAGGCAAGCGGCGCGAGGGAAUGCGCGAGACGGUAGAGAAAUAUCGUUUCUUAAAUGCUGUUAGUAAAAUGCUCGCGUGACAGUCUCCAACUUAUGGAAUCUCUUGAGAGUUACCGGUUUUCUUUCUCUGCAAAGCUGCGAGCAGGAAAAAAUUGCUCUCAGCUCGCCGGUAAAUUGAAAGAACGUCCGAAGUAUCGCGCUCGAGCGGUACUCGUGGUCAGCUCGAAGUUAAAAAAAUAAAAAAAUAAAAAAAAGAAGAGAAUCGUAAAUAAUGAAUUAAAACUUAAAGUUGCAUUCCUUUCGAAAGACUUGAAAAUGUUCGAGAUUCUUGUAGCGUGGCCUUACAACGGAUAUUACAUAAGACUCGAGUACCUACUGUAGAGCGCGUUUGCAACGCGUGUUUCUUUAUUAGAUCGUAUUAUGUCGAAGAUCGAUGACAGUGUCCCCUUUUAUAGGUAUUUAUUGCCCACUUGGAUGUGUGUCCAUUAAUAGUUCAAUUAAGUGCCCAAUCAACCAAAGAAGCGGCAAGUGCAGCCCGUCAGCUACUUUUUUUUAGCGAGAUAUAUGCCAAACUGUUAGCAAGCUGAUUAAGGAGAUUGUUUAAAUCGAUGUAAAAAUUAUACCGUGCCGAUAGACUUUGACCACUUUUCUUUUACAUUGCAUUUUUUUAUGCAUUUAUUUUUACACCGCAAAGCGCUGUAUAAAGUCAAACUGACGAGAUUACACUAUUUGAAAAAAGUGCUCUAUUCGCGGUACUCGUUAUCUUUGGAUAUUUUAAACAAGAUAUAAUAACUAACCAUGACACAAAAAGUGCACUCAUUGUGUAAAUCUCAUGGCAGAGAAUCUCACCGUGUCAUUGUUCUGUAAUAAAUUAAGAAAAUGAAGUGUACGUCACGAAAAGAGGAAUUAUAACAAAUUAAAGGAAUCUUGCAAAUGUCCAAUGAUAGACGAAAGAACGAAUGGGAUAUUUUUUUCCGGUUUUUUCUUGCUUCAGUAAUUUGUGAUCAUGUAACUGCGCAAAUUAGAAAAUAUCAAUAUGACGAGAGUUAAAGAAGAAAUAUAACGAAAGGUCCGACAUUUCGGAAUAUUCUGAGUUAGAAACGAACGAAAGAGCUGAAAGGAUGGCGUAUCCGAGGACAUUAAAUCUCGGAUUAUAAUUUGAUUAGUUGAUCUACGUAAACGGAAGAUGUCAUCAGAAAUCAUGGAUUUGAUUAAAAGCAAAAUUUAAUUGGUAAAGCAGCUUUUUGCACCAUUUUAAAUGAUCUGCCUUAAUACGUUGCUCUAGCAGGUACUUUUCUGGGCAAUAAGACUUUCCUUGCUCGCAUAUUUCAGCUACUUUCGCUGACGUAGUAAUUGAUGAAGAGGAUUAAGGGGCAAUUUCUUCCCAAUUUUUGUGUACGAUAUUAAUGUAUAUUCGCGAACAAUGCUUGUUCCGAAGACGAGCUAUAUUUUUUUACCGUUAGGGUUAGUAGGAAAUGGAACAAUUCUUCGGGUAAAAUGCACUUUAAAAAAGAGUUAUACCUCUAAACGAAUAUUGGGAGGCAAUCUUCCCGAAUUUUGUUAUUUCUACCCAGACAGCAAAACGAUAUUCUGGAAAUUUUCCGAACGUGUAGAUAUUUAUAUAUCGCAAGCCGCGCAAGAUUUGAAUGAUUUGACAAAGGAAUGUUUUAAAACAUCAUCGUUCAUUCAUGUACCGGAAGUGCGAGCAAUAUGAAUAUGAUAACAUCAAGGGCUAGAAAAAAAAAUAAUAUUAUUGUAAUAAUUCAGUUUUUUUAUUAUUAAAGUGAAACCAUUUAUGGCAUAAGUGGCAUAUGACUUAAGUAUGCAGUAAAUAUAUUGAUACAACCAUUUAUGACAAAUUUACCGGAAAUUUUUCUUCAAAUUUGUUGUGCAAUAUGCGUACAUAUAUUGCAGACAUUUCAUGCAGCAAAUGGUCUGCAAAUUGUUUGUAAAUCGAUUUUCCUCAUCAUAUGAUCAUGCAUUUCUAUCUGGGAAAAUGUACGGUAUAUUGUCUAUCUCUCUUUAACAAAGAAAAUGUAUAUUUUCGUGUGAACGUCCAUCGUCUUGUACGUUCGGAAAAAUAUCAGCGAAUGAUUUGUUCGCAUCGCCGUUCUCACGAGUUCACAUACCUCCGUUCUCGGUGUAACUGUUUCGAAGUUCUUCGGAUAAUUCACUCUUGCCUACUGUAUCCAUAUUGCACCCACUUACGCUACCAAACGGUAUUUACAGUGUGAACAAAUUGAAAUAAAAUAUUAACGAAGGGUCACGGUGAUUGUAAAAUUCUUAAAAUUAUUAUCUGAAAUUCCUGAGGACCUUCGGGUGCUACAUUCUUCCGAAUAUUCGGGAAGAAUUCCGGAUAUCUCUUCCUGGCUGGGUACAGGAUGUGAAGGCGUCUUGAAAAGAGAGAAAAAAAAGGAAUUGUUCAAUAUGUCCGAUCUGACAUAGUUCGUAGGUUAUUAAAAAUGUAUACAUACAUGUACUCGCUCGAAAGGACGAGCGGAAUUCGAGGAAUCGUAUUUCUCCCACAGCGUGAUUAUCGCGUUUAUUUUUUAUAAGUUUAUUAUAAGAAUUGUAUAUUGAGGUAACGGAACGGUAAGGCUUCGGUGUAAUUGUAAAUAAGCAUAUAGAUUUACAAAGACCUUUAGAUUAAGCCUAAGAGCAAUACUGCCGGGUGCACCUCGACACUUACGCCGAUCAAUUUUAAUUAAUGAUGUGACGAAUCGAGUACUUGGUAACUCAAACUCGAGUCAUUUUUAUUGCAACUCGAGUUAUUGGUACAGACGAAAGCGAGUUUAUUCGUAUCGAUCGGUACGAAUAAAUUCGGUUUAACUUUCAUAAUUGGCAUCUCGAGAUGCCAAUCGCGCCUUAUUUGUUUAUUAAAGUAAUCGUUAUUUGAAUUAAUUUAUCAUCAACUCGACUCGCCGCGAGUUGUCGACUCGAGUCCAAAUUCGAGUUGGCAAUUUUUUCGAAUUUUAGUAGCUCGAGUUGGUAAAGUAUUCGACUCGUCACGACACUAAUUUUCAUUACAUCUUAUGGACUCAUGCUCUCGUCGCGAUUUUAGCGCUAUUUCGUGUUUUCCAUUUUUAUUCCGUUUACCGAGCUAUGUAUACGAGGCCAGGCGGUAAUCUUAGUACUGCAUGUGCGAUGGGAAUAUGAGUCACGUGCACGUAUUCAUAGUCGUCCCAAGAGAUCUCGGAAACCCUCAGCUGGAGAAAUUUAUUACCAGCGGUAGACAUUUUUCAUCUUGAACAUUUUUUUCAGUAGCAACCCAGAUAGACAUGUUAUGCAAAAUUUACGUCAAACUUGUCUCAUAAAAGAUCAUGAAACGAGUCACGAGGGUGUUGCUUAUGAGUCCUCAUUUGAAACUCAUAUCUGCAGUUCAUAAUGACGAACCAAAAAUAAUUAAAUAUGAAACAAAGUUAAGUACAUGCAUUGUCUCAAUCUUUGUACGCAUAUGUACAGCUAAAUUAAUCUCACGCAUUGCCGAUAAACAAUUGCAGCGUCUGUAGCUCAUAUUUGAGCCAUGACGGGACAAAUUUAUUGUGCAAUAUCCGUACAUAUAUUGCAGACAUUUUAUGCAGCAAAUGGUCUACAAGUUGUUUGUAAAUCGAUUUUCCUCAUCAUACGAUGAUCAUGAAUUUCUAUCUGGGGUAGUUUAGGAAUUUGAUUAAGAUAACCAUAGAACCAGAUUUCAGUAAUCCGAGUUUUUAAAAUCACAUUAAUCUAACUUUCUCAUGACAACUAGAAAUCAUUCGAUCGGUACUUUUUUGAGUGUAGUACGUGUCGCAUUUAAUAACUUUUGGAAGUUUCAUAUUGGUGGCGAUAGACGUUCCUAAGAAAUAUAUUCAUCCGGGAACUCGGUAGAGUUUCGCGCCAGAUACAUAUUUACAUCUGAACGUUGUGUGAAUUUCUAACAACGCUAUGGUUAAAUGUUUUUCAUCCCGAAUCGUGUUUUUGUAGAUCAUAAGAAGAAAGUUGUUGAAAUUUUGUCCGAAUCAAUGCGCAAUCUCAUCUAACUGGGCCAUUAUUCGUUCGUGUCAGGAGGGCGAUUAUGAAUAUGAAUUUAUGGAGGCAAUUUAAUGAGCGAAGUGCAGUUUUGUCACGAAUGGUUGCACCGACCUUUCGCUCGUUUGUUCGCUCAUAUCGUGUCUUUCUGUUCCGAAUUGACAAUCGGAGGAGCGUUUCUUUGCGAGCCGCUGCGACGAGAAAAAGUCAAGUUGGUUCCCAAAGUUUCGCUGAUUAGGUGUUGUAAUAUUAGGAAUACGUGUUCUCUUCUUAUCUCAUCCUCGAUUACUGAAAAACAGCGCGACUCACCCUAUGCGCCGAUCUCGUGAGAGCUUUUAACUUUUUAUAUUUAUUGUAAUUUACGUGUAAUUUACAUUUGUCAAUCCUUCGCACUCUCCUACAAAAUCCAGGCGCGUAAGAGCGACGAUUCUUCGGGAAUGACGACAUGUAGAGGAUGGAUACGAAAGAAAAGGAAUUUCAUUGUUACAUCGAGUAUAUUAUAUACUACUUAAUGUAUUGUUGUUAUAAAUAUAUUGAAACAAUAAAUAUUAUUUGAAAUGCGCA